AUGGCCUGCGCAGCUCCGCGACACUUCAGUACGCAACGAAAAGUAAGUGGGAUUGUUGCGUGUCGCUUGGAUUUCUUCGCAAUUGUUCUCCACGAUACUUCGCGGACGAAUCUACGCGAGCUCGAUUCUCGGCUACUGUGCACCGAGAGAGUGUCUGCGUGAAACGUAGUGCCCGAGGAGUGAUUACGGAAUAACGACAGAAGGAAGGUAAACGGGAAUGGGGAAAGAUUACUAUAAGAUACUUGGCAUCGCCAAGGGAGCAAGUGACGAGGAAAUCAAGAAGGCUUAUAGGAAAUUAGCCUUGCGUUAUCAUCCCGACAAGAAUAGGAGCGCCGGCGCCGAGGAGAAGUUCAAGGAGAUAGCAGAGGCGUACGAGGUACUGUCGGACGCGAAGAAGAGAGAGGUCUACGACAAAUUCGGCGAGGAAGGCCUCAAGGGGGGUGCCACGGCCGGUGGGGGUGGUGGAGGCGCCACAUAUACGUUCCACGGCGAUCCCAGGGCGACUUUCGCGCAAUUCUUCGGCUCAGCAACCCCGUUCCAUAAUUUGUUCGAGUUCACUGGCGGCCGGGGAUUCGGCUUCCACGAUGAUGAGAUGGACAUCGACAUGGACCCCUUCGGAUUGGGCAUGGGGCCGCCUAGGCCGCCUGGUCAAGGUGGUGCUUUCAGGUCGCACUCGUUCAACUUUGCGAGUCCAAACACCGGUAAAGCAGCCGGCAAGGAUCGCGCUCAAGAUCCGGCGAUCGAGCACGACCUGUAUAUCACCCUGGAGGAGAUCCUGCGGGGCUGCACGAAGAAGAUGAAGAUAUGCAGACGGGCGAUGCAGCCGGACGGCAGCAGCAAGAAGGAGGACAAACUUCUCACGAUCAACGUGAAACCAGGCUGGAAGGCUGGCACGAAGAUCACCUUCCAGAAGGAAGGCGAUCAGUCUCCGAGGAGGGAGCCAGCUGAUAUCGUCUUCAUCAUUCGUGACAAGCCGCAUCCGCAGUUCAGGAGAGAAGGCAGUGACAUUAGAUACACGUGUAAACUGAGCUUGAAGGAAGCUCUGUGCGGUGCUAUCGUCGAAGUUCCUACCUUAACCGGCGAUAAGAUACCCCUGAAUCUGACGAGAGACAUCGUCAAGCCGAACACAGUCAAGAGGUUCCAAGGACACGGUCUACCCUUCCCCAAGGAACCGUCGCGGAAGGGCGAUCUGCUCGUGUCGUUCGACAUCAAAUUCCCCGACACUCUGUCGCAAAGCGCCAAGGAUAUACUGUACGACACGCUACCCAAUUGAGACCUCGCUUAAGCCAGCAAGUAUCGCGGACGAGGGGUAUGACAUUGUAUAUCGACACAUUCGGACACCUCUAAAUCAUACCGAUCGGCGAGAAGUCUCUCGUGUACGUUCUAGCACACGAAGACGCGGCGGUGAAGCGGAGCGACGCGCAACAAUGGCUACUACCAUGAUGAUGACGACGACGAGGAGAUGAUCAUGGGAGUGGAAUGGAACGGAAGCGACACAUCUCAACAUUCUCCGCGCGACACGUUUGGAGAGGCAAAAUCAAACGCAGCAAUUAUUUUUAUUUUACUUUCGACGUUUCGUAUCAACGUAUUACUAUUCUUUCUCAUUUGACAUUCGAUCCUGAAACACACACCUUGCCUCUGCUCGAGACGUAACGUUAACGCCGAAUCGAUAUAGACUCCGAGGGCGAAUAUGUAUAUUAAAUUAUGCGAUUAUAUUAUAGAGAGAAAAAGAGAGAGAGAGAGAAUGUGUAUGUGAGCGAACGAGAGAAUUUCUGUUGCAUUGCUAAUUCGUGUGAUUGUCGAAGUUUAUUUUUUUCCUUUAUUAUUAUAUGCAUGCGUAUGUGUAUGUUGCGUGUGUAUGUGUUGUUGCGAAUGAAGGUGCGCGCGUGUGCUUCUAGGUGCAUUUGUAUGUGUGCGAGCGAGCGAAUGUGUGCUGCGUAUGCGCUGUGUGUACGAAGGCUGUAAGAUACAUGUAAGUGCAAUAUCGGAAACCUGAAGACGUUUCACUCAGUCGGAAUAGAUGUAACCCGGCGCAUUAAAUAAAUAUAUAAAAGAGAGUAGUCAUGCCGUAGAGCUGAGUGAACAAGAACCGGAACGGGAACGGAGAAACUCCGAAUAUUGCUUGGACAGUCGAGUCUUGCAGGUCGUUCUUUUCGUACGUAUACGUAAAAAUGUCUAACGAAGGAAUUCUUGUUUAUGUUAAAUGUUAAGACAGAAAUACUAGCACACGCAUAGGCGCGCGAUCGUAAACAUUCUCGUGCAACGUCGAGCCGCACACGUUCUGUUAUGUAACGUGCUCCUAAGUUUAAUGGUUGAUUAAUUAUUUGUACGCUAAAUAAUACGAGGAUUAUUAAGUUA